AGGAGGAAGAGAGGUCAGCAGAGGAGAUGCUGAUGGGAGGAAACUGACACACAGAGAGAAGCAGCAGCCUGCAGCUGUUACAGAGAAAGAAAAAGGGAGGUUGAAGGAGCUUGAGGGUGACAGCGAGGAGGAUUACAGAGCGUAUAUUUAUUUACUAGUAAUAGUUGAUACUACAGAUACCUACCCAACAGUUAUUCCACAUGAAGACUUGUAGCAAGAAUCUUUGUGCUCCAGACUUCACUUGGACUGAGUAAACAUCAUCACUAAAUUGGACUUCAUUGUGCUAAAUGUCUAUGACAGAUAUGAUAAAUGUUGCAGAGUUCUGGGCUAAAGGAAUUAUAUGAGUUUUAAAACUCCAGAAGAAUGUAAAUUAGGAUUUUUUAUUAUUAGUAUUUUAAGGAGAUGUAUUAAAUAACAUAGCAAAUACAAAGAUGCUAUAAUGUGGUAUACACUUUGACUGCAUUGACAAAUAAUAAGCUAGAGAGCAGAUCAGCACAGAUAAGCAGAAAGGCAGACAAAUGUGGAGUUAAUCAAGGUAACCAAAAAUUAGAAUACAGCGAGAGUGAUAAAAUCACACAGGACUGAAAGAAAGAAAUAAAGACUUUGGACAGCACAGUCAUGAAGUAUUACCAAUGAGUUCCUUCCCAUGAAAUGCAGUCCGAUGACCUCUUUGUGCGUAAGUUUCGUCAACCCCCUACCCGAUCUUCCCCUCACAAAAGUAAGUGUGAAACUAAACUUUCAGCAGUCCCAGGAACCAAAAGACAUAACGGAAGUGGGCGUUCUCUUUCCGAGUCAGAGUCAGAAAAGGGGUCCAGUAGCCCCUCUGCCUCACGCUUUAAAGAUCCCUUCCUACUGCUGGGGCUGGCUGGGAUCAGCCAUGGGCCUCAGGCCCUGGAUGCCAAAGAAAAACUCCCAGAAGGAGGCCCUUUUUUCCACCGACCUAAAAGUUUUGCUCACUAUGAUGUCCAAAGCAUCUUGUUUAACCCAUUUCUGAGGGGAGAAUAUGAAGCCAGACGUAAUGUGAAGAGUGGUGCAUCUGCAGCCUCCCAGAUUAGAACUUGUACCUCUUCUCCCAGGAGAUCUUUGUCCUCUCCUGAGGAACCAGCCGACAAUGGAGAUGGAAAAGACAAUGAAUUGCUUCUCAGCUGUCCUUACUUCCGCAAUGAAGUUGGCGGAGAGAACAUUGAAGGUCAAAAAGACCAAGGUUGGGGCUUCUCAGCAAUGGCUUUUAAUACUCCUCAUAUAUGUCCAGUGAGAGGCCCAAAUGCCGCAGUAUCUGUGCUAGAGGAAGCCAGGGAGAGAAUGCGGGACAGUAGCUAUUUUGUGGAGUAUCAGGACCUGGGGGCGUUAUAUUACCGGAAGUAUUUUUAUGGCAAAGAACAUCAGAACUUUUUUGGAGUUGAUGAACGCUUCGGUGCAAUAGCCAUAAGCUUACGAAGGGAUGAAAGAGAAGGGUCCCAAAGUAUACAGUAUAAUUACAGAAUUGUUUUUCGGACCACUGAGCUGAAGACCCUUCGUGGCUCUAUCCUGGAAGAAGCCUUUCCCUCUGCAAUUCGUCACAACUCCAACAGGGCCAUAUCUCCGAAAAAACUCCUAGAAUAUAUUGUCCCAGAGGUUAACCUGCAAUGUCUGCGUUUAGCAUCAAGUUCUCCUAAAGUUCCAGAAACUCUCCUCAAACUGGAUGAGCAAGGGCUCAGCUUUCAAAGAAAGAUUGGAAUUUUAUUCUGUCGAGCUGGACAGGGCUCUGAAGAGGAGAUGUACAACAAUGAAACCCCUGGGCCAGCUUUUCAAAAUUUUUUGAAUCUCCUAGGAGAAGAAGUUCGACUAAAAGGUUUUGACAAAUAUCGUGCACAGCUGGACAAUAAAACUGACAGCACAGGAACACAUUCCCUUUACACACGUUACCAAGACUAUGAAAUCAUGUUCCACGUAUCAACAAUGCUUCCGUAUACAGCCAGCAACAGUCAGCAGCUGCUUCGGAAAAGGCAUAUUGGCAAUGACAUUGUAACUAUAAUUUUUCAAGAGCCAGGAGCCCUACCAUUUACACCGAAAACCAUCCGCUCCCACUUUCAGCAUAUCUUUCUUGUGGUGAGAGUCCAAAAUCCAUGUACUGCUCACACCACCUAUAGUGUAGCUAUAAGUCGUUCAGCUGACACACCAUUCUUUGGCCCCCCAUUGCCUCCCACCAACUUUUGUCACUCCCCUGAGCUCAGAGACUUUCUGCUUUCCAAAGCUGUAAAUGGCGAGAAUGCAGCUGAACGUGGUGGCAAGUUCUUAGCCAUGGCUACCCGGACAAGAGAAGAGUACUUGAAAGACCUUGCUCGUGACCAUGUUACUACUGCUACUCUGGACUCUUGCUCAUCUAAAUUAGCCAUUUUGGGUCUGUCCAAGAAACGUGACCGAGCAGGCAGCACUGGCACUGGAGACAAGGCUGGAAAAAACUCUCGUUGGGCCAACACAGUACCUCCUGAAUUUCACAGCCCUGGAGCACUUGUAUGGCCAGUGAGAGCCAAAAGCUACUCAGUCCCUGAUGGUACCUACUUGCUGGGCAUCUCUUCUGAAAUGCUGGUAUUGAUAGAUGUGCAAAAGGAGAGAGAUAUUGCCAUAGGUUUUCACUGUUCAUGCAGAGAUGUUUUAGGAUGGACAUAUUCAUCAAAAGGAGGGUUGGACCUUUACUAUGGGGGAGCUGGUAGACUUGAACUCUGUCCAGUGGCUGGUAGUGAUGCAGAAGUCGAAGAAGAGGUGAAUCAUAUUGUGAAGAGGCUUCAGGUUGUAUCUGGUGGUUGUGAGACUCGGGAGAUACCACUUCUGCGAAAUGGUCUGGGCCAGCUUGGGUUUAAAGCAGACUCUGAAGGAUUUGUGACAGAGGUGGAAAGAUUCAGCAUGGCUGAAACUGUUGGACUUUGUCCUGGAGCUCGAUUAGUGGCUAUUUGUGGCCAACCCUUCUGCUUGCUCAGCCCAAAUGAUGUUCGUUCUCUUUAUCUAAGUGGCAAGAAGGUUACAGUAACCACGUUACCUCCAGAUGAAGCAGGAAAACCACGCAGGAGUUUCUCUGAACUGUAUGUGAGAUCUAUUCAGGGUCAAAGAGUUCUAAAGCCAAUAUUAAUGGAAGAUGACAAGGAAAAAGAAAAAGCUAAACCAUCCCCAGAGGCCCGAAGCCUCUUGCGUACUUUAUCUGUACAAGAAGAGAGAACUGAGUUCAGGUAUAAUAAUUCUGAUCUGGCUCCCCCUGAUGUCAUACCUCAACCUGACCCUGUUGCAGAUAUCCAGACAGUGGAAGCCUCCUCCCUUGCAUCGAAUAAUGAGGUAUUUGAAUCAAGCACCCUCAGUGUAGAAGGAAGUUUCAAAGAAGCUCCAUCUUUUCAAGAACCACCUAAAGAAGCCAUGUCACCAGUUCCCCCAUCUAUUGAAGAUGAAUGGCAGAGUAUAUCGGAUCUUACCCUGGCCUGUAACAGCAUAUUGGAAGCCAUGUCUAAAGAAGGACAGGAGCUGGAGGUAUCUAAAGAACUGAGGCCACAUAUUCCAUCCUCACCACCAUCAGGUAAUCUUUCUUACAAAGUCACAGAGCUGGAACUACAGCUAAAAAGACUGCAGGAGGAACUGAAGAGGGAGCAAGAAGGCCGAGCCCAGCUUCAAGCAGAAGUGCAAAGUCUGAAGAGGACACAGGAGGAAGCUUUCACUGGAACCUUGCCCCAUGGGGGUGGAGCCAAAAUACUCAGGGGUGGUGCCACCAACUGUGAAGAACUAUCCAAUGACUGUACAGAAACAGCCAAGGACUGAGUGUGUUUGGGGCUGGGACUGGUGCAAAAGGAUAAGGAAAAGUUAUGUCAUUAAAAAGGAUCAAUAACAUUUAUUUUUUGGCCACCAAACAAAUGAUACACUUAAAGCAUAAAACUGCCAGAAGUAAAAAAAAAAUAGUCAGAGAAGAAUUUAACGAUAAAGGGUUAGUCAGAAAAUAUGUGACAAAAGAGUGACAAAAACAAACAAGCCUUUGAGUAGACAGCGUGGCUGCUUACUGUGGGUUAUUGAGAAGCAAAUGAUAUGCAAGGUGAGAAAAGCAAUCAGAAAGUGAAGAAAGAGUGAGGACGGAGCUGAUUUAAUAAUCAGAAGAAAGAAACACAGGGUAGUCAAGGACUGAGGGGAACGAAACAUUUAUAGUUUGAGCAAUGAUAACCUUGCUCACUCUUAUUUCAGGGAGGGUUUUUAUUUUUAAACUGUGAACGGGUUUAAUAAAAUGAUUUGCAAGCAUAUUUUGCAGAAGGUUGCUCUGCAAGAAAAGUAUUAACAGAAUGAUGCAGAGCUAUGGUCAGCGCUAUACUCUGCAAAGGUUGUAUUAACGCAGCUGAACUGGUAGAAGGAUGUUCUGCAUUGAAUAACUUUGUAAAUAUAAAUGUCUUCCGGCAAUUUUAAACUUUCCAGCUACAGUUAAUGCAUUCCUGGAACAACAAAAGGGUAAAAUGUAUCUGUAUGAAGAAAAAAGUUUAAAUUAAUAACUGCAAUCAAUAAUGACUGCAGAUUGAAUAAAUAUCGGAAUAUUAAAGCUGUAUAAAAUUUGACUAAA